AAUCAAGCAUUUACAAUUCGCACGGGAUAGAGAAAGAAAAACAGAACGAAAUAAGUGUGGAGCACUCAGCGAAUGUUGUUUCUGAUGAUACUGAUUUAUUUAACGUGGCAAUAAAGGUCGGGCAAAAGGAGAAUCUAUGCUGGUAUUGUUUCUAUAAAGCAUAUGAGGAUCGGGUUGAAGACUGUAAAGUGAUCGUCGGCGUUACGAAAAGUAACGCGCACGUGAUUAAAUCUUCUGAAGUAACUGCACCUAAUUCUUUAGGUGAUUCCAAAGUAAUCGGUCCAGAUAAUUCGCCCAAAGCUAAUGACUAUGAUGAUACCAUGCCUUCGUCAAUGGAGAAAGGAACUAAUGAAGUUCAGACAGACUAUGAUAGUGAUUGUAGCCACGACAAUGAUUCUGAAGAAGACGUAUCAUUUUCUGAUAAUGAUAAGAUAAAUGAUAUAGACACGAUGGUUUCUGAUGACGAAGAAGAUGUAGGUUAUUACUAUGAUUUAAGAACCG